AUGGAGACUGGAAAUGUUGGCCGAAGAUCAGGACAAGGUCGCAGAUGGUCAACAAUGCUCAAUGAAGACCAUUAUUUAGCUUUAACGCCUCGGAGGCACCGAAGUAAAAUCACUCCAUGUGCAGUUUUUAUCCUGCUACCUGUUUUAGCAUUUGGAAAAGAUUACUUUACUGCUGCUGUUUUUGAGCACAGACCAAGAGGUGAAUUUCCCCAAGAGCCUAAAACCAUUAUUACCAACAAUCUCAGAUUUUACGAUAAGGCCGCUAAAGUCGCUGCCGAAAAAGGCACAGAUAUAAUACUAUUUAAUGAAUAUGGCAUAUUCCCCUAUGUAUUGAAAGAUACUAGAGAUAAUAUGCGGCAAUUCAUGGAAUACAUACCUGAUCCAAAGAAAAUUGUUUUCAACCCAUGCGUGGAGGAGGUAAAAGAUCGAACAAUUUUAUACACUCUUAGCUGCAUAGCAAGAAGCAACAAGAUUUAUGUAGUCGCUAAUAUGGGAGACAUUCAACCUUGUGAAGGCACCUGUGAUUCUGAAAAAGUUGAAGAAUGUUCGGUAAAAUGCCCCUCCGACGAUGUAUUCAUGUACAACACAGAUGUGGCUUUCGAUCGAGAAGGAAACUUAGUAGCUAAGUACCAUAAGGGACAUCUCUAUAUGGAACUUUUGAACACACCGGAGCCUGAAUUUGUGACAUUCAAGACCGAUUUCGGUGUAUUUGGUAUGAUUGUGUGCUUUGAUUCUGUUUUUCAAGAAUCCGUUAUGUUGGCAGAGCAAGGUAUAGAUACACUUCUUUUCCCAACAUUUUGGUUUGAUGAUGUUUUUGCCCUGAAUGCUGUAGAAUGGCAGCAAUCAUGGGCAUUGGCCAAUAAAGUAAACUUUUUUGCUGCCAAUACUCAAACACCCGGAUUAGGAUCAUUGGGAAGUGGCAUAUAUUCCAAAUUCGAUGGUGCAUUAGUUUACACUUAUGAUCCAGAUGGUGAAUCAAAGCUUUUGAUAGCGAACGUAAAACUACGGGAAGAUGCAAAGGUCGAUACUAAACCCUCUAUUAUUAUCAUUGAUGAAACGUCUGUCAACAUAAAAGAUGAAACAGGGAUCAAUUUCCCUGAUAUCUGCUUUGAUAAGAUUGUUGGAGAAGCAAGCAACUUGUAUAAAGAUUACAGGUGCUUCGAAUCUCUAAUUGAAAACUACACUCUAGUCAAAUUAACAGAUCCCAGCGGCAAGGUAGAAGCAUGUCAUGGUGGAUUCUGUUGUUCACUUGCAUACACAGCAGAUGAUAUGCAGGAAGAUUUUUAUUUUGCAGCUUUUAGCGGGAUAAAUAUUCUCGCGGAUUAUUAUCAGUGGUGUGAAGAAACAUGUCUGCUGAUAAGGUGUGAUCCACAUGAAGGAAAACCGUGUGCGUUAUUUCCUCCAAAUUCUAAAACAGUUUUUAGAUCUUUGGAAAUCCGAGGAAGAUUCAGUUCUGAAAAAAUAUUUCCGACUGUGUCAAAGAACAAACAUCGUCUGGCGCCAAAGUCGGAAUGGUACCACAAGAUAUCUGGGACUGAAGCCAAAUUGAAAUUUCGCUCACAAGAGAACGUUCCUUUGCUCAAAGCAGGAUUUUUAGGCAGAUGUUACAAACGUGAUCCACCAUUCGUACCAAUUUAUGAAUUUUAAUCUGCAAAUUACUUACUGUGCAGUGGUAUCUUCGUGGGAAGUCCAAAAUGAGUUGAAUAUACAGCAAACAAGAAUUAGGCAAAUUUUUUAUGACAAAUAGUAAUGUUCUUUACACUAUGUUUCGUUUUAUGAUUCGACUGAGCAUUUUUACUCCAAAACAACUGGUAAAAAAACUGGAGUUGAAAUGCUUAUUUCACUCAAAAAUGUGUAAAACGGGUGUAUUAGUAGUGUGCUGCAAAAGAGCCAAGUAGACAUAGUGACAUUCUACUACUAAUUAUAAAACUUUCAGAUCACUCUU